UGUUUCAAGAACCAUUUUCUAUAUAAUUUGGUGAUUGACUAGCACGUCAUGCCGGCAAUUCUUCCUCAUAAUUUGCUAUAUCUUCCUCUCCCUCUAUCUCUGUAUUUAUAGUGAAAUAUAUGCCAUCCAAGUUCCUUUCAAGCUUAAUACAUCAAAACUAAUUAAUACGUUCCAAAAUGCAAACCAAAAUUCCGUUUCUGUUCUUUCUUUUUGUUCUUCCUCUUGCACUCGGUGAUCUUAGGGUUGGUUUUUACCAAUCAACCUGUCCCCAAGCAGAAUCUAUUGUAUUCCAAGUUGUGCAAAAUCGGUUUAAAACUGAUCCAUCCGUAACUGCAGCCUUGCUUCGCUUGCAUUUUCAUGAUUGCUUCGUCAGAGGUUGUGAUGCGUCCAUUCUAAUAGACCCAACAAACAAAAAACAAUCUGAGAAGCAAGCAGGACCGAAUCAGACGGUUCGAGGAUACGAAAUAAUUGAUGAGAUCAAGAAUGCAUUAGAGGCAGCCUGCCCAUCAAUGGUGUCCUGUGCAGACAUCAUUGCACUUGCAGCUAAAGAUGCUGUUGCUCUAGCAGGAGGACCAAACUAUAGUGUUCCAACAGGAAGACGAGACGGACUAGUUUCAAACAUAGGAGAUGUUAACUUGCCAGGACCGCAAUUGACUGUGCCUGAAGCAUUUCAGUUUUUCAGGCCCAAAGGAUUUACAGUUGGUGAAAUGGUAACUCUUUUAGGUGCACAUACAGUCGGUGUUGCUCAUUGCAGUUUCUUUCAAGAACGUGUCUCAAAUGGGGCUUUUGAUCCUACAAUGGAUUCUAAUCUAGCUGCCAAUCUAAGCAAAAUCUGUGCUUCUUCCAAUUCUGACCCAUCAGUUUUUAUGGAUCAAAGCACAGGUUUUGUGUUUGACAAUGAGUACUAUAAGCAACUAUUAUUGAAAAGGGGGAUAAUGCAGAUUGAUCAAGAACUUUCUGUGGAUGGAUCUAGUGCAGGAUUUGUCUCAAGUUUUGCAAGAAAUGGGAUUGGAUUUAAGCAGAGUUUUGGCAAUGCAAUGGUGAAGUUGGGAACAGUUGAGGUUCUUGUUGGAAAUGCUGGAGAAGUUAGGACUAAUUGUAGAGUUUUCAAUGCCCAAAAGAAACCAAUGAACCCAAAUCUAUUAUUUUGAGAGAUUAAUUAUACAUACUUCUCAGUUAUUUUCUCA